AUGUCGUCCACCACUUCUGCGAUUCUUUAUGCGCUUACCGUGUCGGCGUCGCCUAGUUACACCGCACCGGAUGAUGCUGCCAGCAAACCUCAUCAUGGACAAGGACGGUUCCAUAACCCUUGGGAUUCAUGGACUGAACUCUCGCCUCUGAGUAUAUUGUCAGAGAUGACGAAACGAGUCGUGACUGGGGAUUUGAAAUGGCCCGAUACCACGCCGCCAACCGUCACAGUACACAAACCAAACUUCCUCCCAUCCCGCGAAACCUCCAAACUGCGAGCGACCUGGCUCGGUCAUGCCUGCUUCUACGCAGAAUUCCCCGGUGGUCUCCGAGUUCUCUUCGAUCCAGUCUUUGAAGACCGAUGCUCGCCGUUCUCAUGGCUAGGACCCAAGCGAUACACUAAGCCUCCUUGCGACGUCAGCGAAAUCCCCAUUAUCGAUAUGGUUGUUAUAUCUCAUAAUCAUUACGAUCAUCUGUCGUUGCCGACCGUGAAGGCUAUUUCAAAGAAACAUCCCAAUUGCCAUUUUUUUGUGCCGCUGGGUAAUGCGUCGUGGUUCAAGGAAGCUGGGAUAAACAAUGUGACUGAAUUGGAUUGGUGGGACGAGCGUGACUUGACACUAUCACCCACAAAGAGUGGAGCCGAAAAGGUCACGGAACCUAAUGCGCCUGCCACAGAAGGUGCAGAGAUUGUGGCUCGUAUCAGCUGUCUGCCAUGCCAACAUACGUCUGCGCGAGGAGCGUUUGAUCGUUCCAAGACUUUGUGGGCGUCUUGGGGUAUCGAGUCUGGUGGAAAGAAGAUUUAUUUUGGAGGAGACACGGGCUAUAGAUCAGUCUGCGGCCUUAAAGGCGUAGAAGACGACCAUGCAGCAGAAUACAACCUUCCCGUCUGCCCUGCAUUCAAGCAAGUGGGCGAACUCAGAGGGCCAUUUGACCUCGGCCUUAUCCCCAUCGGCGCAUACGACCCUCGAUGGUUGAUGAGUCCCAUGCACGCCGAUCCCCACGACGCAGUAAAUAUUUUCCAGGAUACCAAAUGCAAAAACGCGCUUGGUAUGCAUUGGGGCACAUGGGUGCUGACCGAAGAAGAUGUGUUGGAGCCUCCUCGAAAGUUGAAAGAGGCUAUGAAGAGGAACGGUCUCCCUGAGACGGGUGCAUUUGACGUGUGUGAUAUUGGCGAGAGUCGGGAAUAUUAG